AGCGUCGUGGAAAAAUUGCUCCUGUGAGGCGCGUUUAUUAUUUUUACUUUUUAAAACAGAGCUUCAAUAAUCGAUAAGUUCGUGUUGUUGCUAAGAUGUCUCGCACGAUCCUGUAAAGGACCGUCGGAAAAAGGGCCGGGCUUACGGCAUAUAUUAUUCACCAAAAUGCGUCUGGAUAUACUGGAACAGGCUACUCGGACUUCCUCGUAAAAAUUCGGCGCUGUCCGGAUUUGGAAUAGUGACGUAGAUUCCUGGAAAAGAUCCCCAGCAGCUUGAUGCGUGUGGUCCGUUUCCGGAUGGCCGCCCUGAUAGGGGCGGUCUUCCUGCUGCUGCUCUGCUUCCACACUUUCCUUUCGGUGUUUCUGACACAUUCUCCCAACCUCGAGGAGAUUCAGAGGACGGACGAGGCAAUAGAGCAGGCAUGCAGACAUCCCGAUCUCGAUCACAACAACCCUCUCAUACUCAAGCACAUUGUGGAUAUGGGUAAACUGGAAUGCAAAAGGGAGGAGAACUGGCUUGAAAUACGAAAUGGCAAAGUGGCCGUCAAUCACAUCAUUGUUAAACGCCAUGGGGAGAUAAAAUGCACUCUGACUUUUCUCAACCGAGUGGAUGACUUCACAUCAGUCAAAGGAAAAGUAAUAGCAAUGACAUCCAGUCAGGAUCCUGUGCUGUUAAAUGGGGAUUUCUUUCAGGCCAAAUGUGAAUCUGGAGAUGGCUUGAAAUGGAAGAAUAUUAUGGCAGGCAUAAAAAGAAACGAAACGGCAGUAGAAAGAGCAAAGUCCCAUAAUCCUCCAUCAGAUGCAAUGAAACUUAAUGUGUUAAUGUUCGGCCUGGAUUCUAUGUCCAGACUGCAUUACAUGCGUAAGUUGCCGAAGACGUACAAAUACCUGACUGAGGUACUAAAGGCCUCUGUGCUGAAGGGUUAUAACAUCGUUGGAGAUGGUACCCCGCAGGCUCUGAUCCCCAUGCUGACGGGGUACACUGAGCCUGAGUUGCCAGAGACCAGGAAAAGGAUGAGCAAUGCAAACUAUGUGAAUAUAUAUCCCUUUGCCUGGAAGAAUUUCUCCGCCAAUGGAUACGUAACGGCUUAUGCAGAGGAUGUCCCCUUCACGGGGGUUUUUACGUACAGAUUAAAAGGAUUUAACGAGUUGCCGACGGAUCACUACAUGAGGUCUUUUUAUAUAGAGGUUGAUAAAGUGUUAAAAGAACAUCCGAAACUGUGCUUGGGGGAUACUCCACGUCAUAAGGUAAUGCUGGAUUGGUUGAGGCGUUUUUACGAUGCCUACAAUGAUGUUCCGAGGUUUGCUUUUGGUUUCCACGGCGAAUUGAGCCACGAUGACUACAAUCUAGUCGGAUAUGCGGAUUCUGAUUUGGAAAAUUUUCUGAAGGAUCUUCAAGAGAGUGGCAUCCUUAAUAAUACGCUUCUUAUCAUGCUCAGCGAUCACGGGCACAGAUUUGCCUCCAUCCGUGAAAUGCAGCAAGGAAAGCAGGAAGAACGCCUUCCCUUCUUUGCCGUGGUGGUGCCUCCCUGGCUGGAGAAAGUCUACCCGACUCACGUGAGGAAUCUCAGAAUCAACGAGAAUCGUCUGGUGACACCCUUCGACAUCCACGCAACUUUGAUGACCCUCCUCGACCCCGAUGUGCCAAACGAGGGUGAUCUUUCCAGUCGCAGCAUUAGCAUCUUCUCAGAAAUCCCGCAGGAAAGGACUUGUACCAUGGCUUCCAUCGAGCCACACUGGUGUGCAUGCUUGUCCUGGGCUAGAAUGUCUGUCGAAGACCCUAUCGCCAGCGAAGUGGGCCAGGCAGUCAUAGACUUCAUUAAUGAACUCACCAUUUUACAGCGACACAAUUGCGAAAUUCUCCAGCUCAAAGAGGUGACUCGUAUUGAGAAACUUCAACCAAACAAAGCUCUACUCAAGUUCAGAAAGAAUGCCGAUAAGGACGGUUUCGUUGGCGAGUUCAGCGAUAACACGCAGCUGACGGAAAUUCUGUACCAAGUUCAGCUCCGAGCUUAUCCAAGUGACGGCGUGUACGAGGCGUCGGUCAAACACAACACUAUCAAAAAGACAUUCAUCGUCAAAGAGCAUGAAUUGUCUCGUGUAAAUAUGUACGGUAAUCAAGAACACUGUAUACAUGAAACAUAUCCAAACUUGAGGAAGUACUGCUAUUGUAAAACGCAGCUAUGAAAGCUUGUACAGAUUUUGUUCGUCGGUUGAUUUUGCAGGAGUUGAAUUUUGAGCACGUUUUGAAAGAAUCAAAAAUUUCAUUCCAUGAUUUAUAAAAAAAAAAUCAUAUGAAACGAAUAACUUUUGGUGAAAUAAUCAUGCACAUUUCAUCUUUUUACAAAACAUUUUUUUUAUAGGUUGGAGAAAUCAAUAUGAAAUUUUACCAUUCGCAGCAAAAUUCAUUUUAUGGUUAUUUUUACUCAAUUAUUGUUUUAUAUCAGAGUUUUUGAAACCUUUUGGUGCUUUUGCGUUGAAAUACUAUUUGCAGCUGGUGGGUUUUGUUUUUGAGGUUGUUUUCAGUGUUCAACUUAUUUAUUUCAAAGUGCCUAUUGGCACAAUUAGUGAGCCUUAUUUUGCUUAACAUUUGCUCGAUUAAAAUAUCUGUGUAAUACAUUGAAGCACGCCGUUAUAUCUUCAGCUCUGAAUGUUAUUUUUUGCGAUGGAAUGAGGAAUUCUAUCUUAAAAUGUUUCAUUUCCAUCAUUAUUCUUUUCAAGUAGGAAUAAUGGUGGAAUAGUCAUUUGAUUUUUAUGUAAUGCACAAGGUAAUAGAAGAAAGAAAUUCUUUUUUGUGAAGAUAAUAUUUGAUGUUUGAUUUUUCCGUUGAUUUCUGUGUAAAUAAUUAUCUAGUCAAUAUGCUUCAAAUCAAUUUUCUGUUUUCUCUCUCUCUCUUUUAACAUGACUGUUAAUUGAUUUUUCUUAGCUACUUACUUUGAGCGGUUUUUUUCUUUUAUAAGCUUAACACGAUCAUAUUAAUUUAAGAGAAUUAUACAUAACGAAUUACUUUAGCUAGUUGGUUUAAAACAUAUCUAGAAUUUAAUUUUGAAAAAUAAUUGAUUUUUCAAAGAAUAUAUUUUUAUUUUUCUGCAAGCUCUGUUCCAAUUUGAGAUUUCAUUACAAUCGGUAUAUUAAAUUUUAAUCAAUUAUAAAUAAUAUCAUUAUAUUUAUAUUUAAUGUUAUACUGAAUGAGUAGAAUCUAUUGAGAAACAAAUGUUGAAACUAAAUAAACCCUGAAAAAAAUUAAGAUA